AUGGCCGACGGUAGUACUAACAAAGGAUUUCGACGUUUCGGUCGUCAUUAUUCACUUCUUCUAUGGAAAAAUCUUAUAUUAACAAAACGUAUGCCAAUACGAACAUUCCUUGAAAUAACAUUACCAGUAUUUUUUGGCUUUCUUUUACUUGGUAUAAGACAUAUUGUUAAAUCAGAAAAACAUCCAAAUGGUAAAAUUUAUGAACCAUUUUCUAUUGAUCAUUUACCUCCAUUUCCUAAUCAAACUAUAUCAAUGAUUGCUUAUACACCAAAAACAAAUUUUACUAAUGAAGUUAUGAAAAGAGUAGCUGCUAGACUAAAUUUAACUGAAAAAGGUUAUGAUAAUGAAAAUAUACUUGUCCUAGACGUUAAUAGCAAAAUGCCACGAUCAGACUUUCUUGGUGGUGUUGUAUUUACGAAUUUAACUUUCGAAUUAAAUAUAACGUAUAAAAUUCGUCUUGCAGCGAAAUUAAGAAAUUCUGGAUUAGGAACUCUUUUUAAUGGUCAAAAUAAUUGGCGUACAAAUUUACUGUAUCCACUAUUUCCGAUUAUUGGACCACGAAAUACUCAUAAUGAAACUGGAGGAACACCUGGUUAUUAUCAAGAAGGUUUUCUUGCAUUACAACAAGCUGUUGAUAUGGAAAUUCUUAAUGAACUUAAUUCAACAUUUGAUUCAUCGGGAAUUAAUAUUCAACUUCAACGUUAUCCAUUUCCACCUUAUAAAGAAGAUAAUUUUGUACUUGUCAUUCAAGUUUGGUUUCCUUUUUUACUUAUUAUGUCAUAUAUAUUUGCGGCUAUUAAUACAGUUAAAAAUAUUGUUUAUGAAAAAGAAAACGGUUUAAAGAUUGCUAUGACUAUUAUGGGUCUUAGCGGAUGGAUACAUUGGCUAUCGUGGUUUACUCGAUCACUUGUUUUUUUGACCAUAGCUGAUAUACUCAUAGCUGUUUGUUAUAUUGUUAAAGUUCCAUUAACAACUGGUGAUCCAAGUUCAGUUAUUGGAGAAUCGGACAUAACUUUAGUUUUCUUCUUUCUAUUUACGUAUUCAAUUACAUCAAUAUGUUUUAUGUUCUUAAUAAGCACACUUUUUGAUAAAGCAAAUAGUGCAGCUGCUGGUGCUGGUGGUUUGUGGUUUCUUUCCUAUUUACCAUAUGCAUUUAUUCAACCACGUUAUGAAACAAUGACAAGAGGAGCUAAAUUAGCUACAUGUAUGUUACAUAAUAUUGGUUUAGCACUGGGUGCUCAACUUAUUGGCAUGUUUGAAGGAAAAGGUACUGGUCUACAGUGGUCAAUGUUUAAUGAAGCUGUAUCUGUGGAUGAUAAUGUUACUAUGGCUGAUAUAGUUAUAAUGCUAUAUGUUGAUGCUGUUAUCUAUCUACUUCUUGCUUUAUAUAUUGAAAAUAUUUGGCCUGGACAAUAUGGAAUUCCAAAAGGUAUUCUUUAUCCAUUUAAAUUGAGCUAUUGGCGAGGUUCUGCCAAAGCAAGAGUUGAUCAAACUAAUGAAGCAAUCAAUGGAACAAAUAGAAGAGAUUCAACAAGUUCCGCUGCAUUUGAACAUGAACCUAAUGAUAAAGAAUUAGGUGUUCGACUUAUCAAUGUUUCUAAGACUUAUUCAUUUCUUUUCAAAAGUCGUCCAUCUGUUCAUGCUGUAAGUAAUCUUAGUAUGAAUAUUUAUAGUGGUCAAUUAACAGCAUUACUUGGACAUAAUGGAGCUGGAAAGAGUACAACGAUUUCUAUGAUUACUGGUUUAAUACCACCGACAAGUGGUCAAAUAAUUGUUAAUGGUUUUGAUAUAUCAACAUCGAUUGAUAGUGUACGAGAUAUUCUUGGUUUAUGUCCACAAUAUAAUAUUCUUUUUGAUUAUCUUACUGUACGAGAACAUCUUAGAUUAUUUUCCGUCCUUAAAGGACAUCCACCAAAUGAUAUUGAUAAUGAAAUAACAAGAAUGGUUAAUGAUUUAAUGUUAAGUGAUAAAUUGGAUGUAGUAUCAAGUUCAUUAUCUGGUGGAAUGAAACGUAAAUUAAGUGUUGGCAUUGCAUUAAUUGCAAAUUCGAAAGUUGUUAUUUUGGAUGAACCAACUAGUGGAAUGGAUCCAGCAGCUCGUCGGUCAACUUGGGAAAUGCUUCAACGUUUUCGUUUGGAUCGAACAAUUCUAUUUACUACUCAUUUUAUGGAUGAAGCUGAUGUUUUAGGUGAUCGAAUUGCAAUUAUGGGUGAAGGUCGUAUUCGUUGUUUUGGUUCACCAUUUUUCUUAAAAACAACAUACGGUAUUGGUUAUCAUUUAAUUAUAUCUAAAAAUACAAAUGCUGAUGCAAAUCAAAUCUUUCAAGUAGUACAGAAAUAUAUUGAAGAAGCUAGAUUAGAAUCAGCAAUAAGUGCUGAAUGCAAAAUAUUAUUACCACAUCGUUCAUCAGCUAAAUUUCCUGCUUUAUUUGAAGAUUUAGAACAACAUAAAGAUCAGUUAGAAAUUUUUAGUAUUGGAUUAUCAGAAACAUCAAUUGAAGAAGUUUUUAUGAAAAUUGUUGAAGAAGACGAACCAGAUGAAAUUAAAACAACAACUAAUUAUAAUUUAAACAAUAAUGCUUUUGAGAAUCAUGAUGGAGAAAUUGAAUCUGAACAAUUAUGUUCACCACAUGAUGAUAUACCUCAAAGUGUUUUCGAUGUUGAAAUAAUCAAAAAUACUGGCAUUAUUUUAUUAAUUCAACAAUUUUAUGCUUUAUUACUUAAACGUAUUCUUAAUUCAAUGAGAAAUUAUCUUGUUUUAUUUGCUGCUGUUUUACCUGUUCUAUUUGUUGUUAUAUCAUUAAUAAUAGAACAACAAAUACCUAAACCAGAAGAUAGUCCAUCAUUAUUGAUGUCAUUAGAUCGAUAUCAAAAAACGCAUGUACCUUAUACAUAUGAUCAAAAUCAAACAUUAGCAAUUGAUUUUAUUCGUUCAUAUGAACGUGCUCUUGAAGAAUCAACUAAAAAAGUAACAUUAAUAGAUUUAACAAAAAAUAAUACACGACCAUGUCAAAAUGGAACAUCAACAAAUAUUAUAUCAUAUUUAUCUUGUAUAGGUGAACGAAGUUUACUUGAAUUAUCUGAUCAAUAUUUAAUUGGAACAAAUGUUGAAGUAGAUGAAUCAAAUGAAUUAUUAAAUAUAACUGGAUUAUUCAAUAAUCAACCAUAUCAUAUACCACCAUUAACUUUAAAUUAUUUAACAAAUUCAUUAUUAAAACAAUAUUCAUCAACAUCAACAAUGAAUCGAACACUUCAUGUUAUUAAUCAUCCGUUUCCACGUUCACUUAUAGAAACUAUAACUGAUUUUCAAUCACAACAAUUUUUUGGUUUUCGUAUGGCAUCAAGUAUUGUAUUUGGUUUUGGUUUUAUGAUGGCAUCAUUUGCUGUAUUUUUAAUUAAAGAACGAAUUUCUAAAGCAAAACAUUUACAAUUUUUAAGUGGAGCUAGUGGAAUUAAUUUUUGGUUAAGUACUUUUAUUUGGGAUUUAGUUUUUUAUAUUCUUGGUAGUAUAUGUAUACUUUUGGUUUGGACUAUUUUCUAUCAUACAGCUACACUUAAAGAUGAUCUUGCAGCUUUUUUAAAUGAUAGUCGUUUGGGAUAUACUAUAUCAUUAUUUCUUUUAUAUGGUUUUUCACAUAUUCCAAUGACUUAUUUACUUUCAUUUAUUUUUCAAAUUCCUGCUAGUGGUUUUGCUUGGAUGACAAUUAUUAAUAUAAUAACAAGUCAAGCAACACUUCUUGCAGUUGUUAUUCUUUCUAUUCCACAACUUGAUUUAGUUAAUGUAGCUGAUAUUCUUGAAUGGAUAUUUCUUAUUUUAUUUCCAAAUUUUUGUCUUGGUCAAGCACUUAAUGUUAUGUAUCAAAAUUAUGUUCUAAAUGGACUAUGUCAACCAAUUGUUCAUUUAUGUGAUAAGAUGCCAAAUCCAUGUUGUAAAACAAACUGUGGUUCAGAGUGUGUUGCUUGGACAACUAAUUAUUUAAGUUGGGAGAAACCAGGUCUUGGUCGUUUUUUAACAUUUAUGGGUAUUCAAUCAUUUGUUUUACUUACAAUUCUUCUUCUUAUUACAUAUCGAACAUUACCAAAAUUGUGGUAUUUUAUAUAUCCAAAAUCUCGACAUCAUAAAAGAGAUUACGCUAAUAUUGAAAACAAUAAUAAUAAUAGAGGAAAUACACCAAAUCGUAUGUCUUCAUCUGUAAUUCCAAUAUCGUAUGAUACACAAAUUUCAAAUUUACACGAAGAUAAUGAUGUUAAAGAUGAAAUUGAACGUAUUCAAACAACAUCUUAUAAUGAAUUAAUGCAAACUGAUGUACUUGUAUUAAAUCGAGUAACUAAAUUUUAUAAUGGAACAUUUCGUGCUGUUGAUCAAUUAUCAUUGGGAGUAAAACAAAGAGAAUGUUUUGGAUUGUUAGGUGUCAAUGGAGCUGGUAAAACAACAACAUUUAAAAUGAUAACUGGUGAUGAAACAGUUGAUCACGGUUCAAUAAUACUUGAUUCCAUAGAUUUAAGUGGAGGAUUAAGAAAAGCACAACGUCGAAUGGGUUAUUGUCCACAAUUUGAUGCUUUAAUUGACUUAUUAACUGGUGAAGAAACACUUUAUAUGUUUGCUCGUUUACGUGGUGUAAAAGAAUAUUUGAUUCCUCAAAUAGUUUCAUUAUUAAUUGAAUUAAUGAAUUUAAAAAAACAUGCUCAUAAACCAGUUUAUGCUUAUAGUGGAGGAAAUAAACGUAAAUUAUCAGCUGCAGUUGCACUUAUUGGUGAUCCAUCAAUUGUAUUUCUUGAUGAACCAACAACUGGUAUGGAUCCAAAAGCACGAAGACAUUUUUGGAAUGCUAUUGCACAAUUUCGUGAUCAUGGUAAACCAAUUAUAUUAACAAGUCAUUCAAUGGAAGAAUGUGAAGCAUUAUGUACACGUUUAGCAAUUAUGGUUAAUGGAAAAUUUAAAUGUCUUGGAAGUAUUCAACAUUUAAAAUCAAAAUUUGGAGCAGGUUAUACUCUUAUGGCUAAAUUAAAUGUAUUUAAUGAAACUCUUGUCAAUGGAUUUUAUUCAGUUAUUGAAAAUUCAUUUCCAAAUAGUCAAUUAAAAGAAGCUUAUGAAGGUUUUGUACAUAUUCAUAUCAAUGAAGCUAAUAUAUCAUUAGCUCAACUUUUUCGUAUUAUUGAAUCAUGUAAACAAAAAUAUUCAAUUGAAAAUUAUACAGUUAGUCAAACUACAUUAGAACAAGUAUUUUUGAAUUUUGCACGCAGUCAACUUGAUCCCGAUGAAUUAAGACAUCGUAUGCGUCAAGAGAACUCCUGGAGUCAAAAAUUUACUAAAUCCUGCUUUAAGCUUGAUGUUCUUGCUGAAUUAGCAUCGAGUCAAAAACCGAUUAUUAAUGAUUUAUCAAUAAAACAAGAAUUUGAAACAUCAAUUAAUAAAACAGAUCAUUCAAAUAUUAAAACUGAAGGAACAAUAUUAAAAAAUGAAAAUUCAAAUACAACAUUAGCACCAACAUUUGUUCUUAAAACAACACAAAAAGGUAAACCAUGUAUAUUACUUGAUGGUCAUAGAUAUAAACAUCGACGUGAUAAUCUCGAUGGUUCAAUGUCAUGGACAUGUACACAUGAAUUAUGUAGUGCAAGUGUACGUACAUUUGGUGAACGAGUUGUACGUCGUAAUGAUGAUCAUUUACAUGGACGUACAUUACGUGUUGAUCCUCAACAAGAAUUUUUAUCACGUUUAAAAAAACGUGCAGCUGAAGAUACAGUUACAAUACCAAGAAUAUAUGAUGAAGAAUUAGCACGAUCUGUUGAUGAACAUUCACCUGAAAUACGUACACAUUUACCAUCAUUUUCAUCAGUUAAAUCAACAUUAUAUCGUCAUCGACAACGUGGUCAACGUAAUCAAACAUUAAAAUUAAUUAAAACAGAAUAUAAUACUGAUUGUAAAUUAUCAUCAGUUAAUUUAACAACAAAUAAUAAUGGAUGGAAUACAUUACCACCAAAAAAACGUCCAUUAACAAUAAAUGUUGAUUGUUUACCAACACCAAGUCCAUCAUCUUGUUGUUCUUCAUCUUGUUCUUAUGUAUCAUCUGAAAGUCAUAAUGGUGAAAAACGACGAAAAUAUUCAUCAUCAUCAACAACAACAACACCAUUGACGGAAGAUAACAAAAAUAAUACUAAUAAUGCUCAAAUGGCUGUUGCUGCUGCACUUGAAUCUCAACAAUUGAUUGCUAAAUUUCUUUCCAAUCCAUAUAAUCUUUUAUUGGCACAAAAUUAUUUUGUUAAAUAUUCUUCAACGUUUGCCGAUAAUCCACAUUUUAUGCUUAUGCAUGCAUAUGCAUUAGUGCUAUCUAGUCUUCAACAACAACAACAACAACAACAACAACUUAUGUGA